UAAUAUCCGAGAUCUGUAUAUAUCAUAUAGCAAACUUCCGAUUAUAUUCAACUUCCGACCGACACUCACACCCAUUUCAUUUAUCGAUGCUGUAACUGAACAACAAGAUGCAUCGUGAACUACAAGUAGAAUGUAAUUUUCAAUAACGGUUUUGUAUAUUGUGGAGGAUUUCCAUGUUUUUGCAGUUGUGCCUUUUGUACUAGGUUUGCCAGUGGCCUUGCAAACCCAGACAGCUGAUGGAUUGACGUUGAGAGAUGACAGGUAACUAGGAGACAUCUUACACACUAUUCUGACGAUGACUGAUCUUCUGUCUCUGAAGCAAGCCUUCUGUGAUAUUGUCCAGAGGGCCCAGCCAUGGAUCCUGUCCCACUUCGUCAUGUGGCUGGAUCUGAAGGUGGCAGAGUACAAGGUCUAUGGCUACAUGGUUCUAGAACAAGGCACAAGCCUGACCAGUGACCCCAAGAACUCGUCAGAAUCUACAGCAAGAACAUCUUCCAGUAGCUCUGUCACCUCCUUCACUACUGCCACAAGUGAUAAAUCUAACCUCUCUGCUUCUCAGCAUACCUCACCACGAGCACCAUGUUUGGUCGUUCCCAAACCCAGCCUCUCUACCGACCGCAUCCCCACCUCUUCCUCCACCUCCUCCAUCUCUGCCUCGACAACACCCAUCUUCAAGCACCCCCUGUUUGGAGGAAGGACGAACAGACGCAAACAACAGCAGGUGUUCCGUAGAAGCUCAGCUUCCUUGUUAACUGCUCUCAGUAGCGGCAUCUACAACUCGGUCGGGGCUCGGGACGACAGAAGGAAGGAGGAGUAUUUGGGAUCUGUUGGUCUGCAUCCUCAGGAAUCGGACUUGUCAAUAUCCUCCAGUGUGUCACAGUCAGGGACGCCAUCCAAACAUGCUCAGGGGUCAGAGUCGGUCAUGGAUUUGGAUAGUCCAGAAACGGAGAGUCAUAACUUGUCAUGUAGUUCUUUUGUUUCACAGUCAGUCAGCCCAUCGGCGAAUGUUGCAACUCCAACAAAGACCAGGCGGUCUCUAAACAGUUUGUUUUCAGAUUUACAUCCUGAAGACAGAUCCGAUUCGGGUGAUACAGAAACAAAGCUUAAAAGUAGACUUGUAGAAGCUAUGGAUGAUGAUGUGCAAGUGUUGUCUAGUCAAUAUGAAGAAUCAAGUUCAAGGUCAAAAGGGGACAUUAUCGUGGUGGAUGAAGAAGGAGAUGCUGGACAAGAGAGAACAACUACAGGUCUUUCUGAAGAUGGUACUUCGACAUGUGAUGGAAACUCAGAAGUUGAUACUGUCAAGACCGCAUCUACAGAUUCAGUCGAGGAAACAGAAUUUAGAAGUGAAUCCUCAGGUGAUAAAGACCAAUGCUCAAAUGACAAUAUGCCGCCUGGAAAUGAUACACAAUGCUCAAGCUCACUGCCAGUGUCAUCCACAAAAAAUGACACGGCAUCCUCUGAUGAGACAUCUGCAAACAGGAAUAAAAAAUCUCUGAUAAACAAAGAUGAAACUCAACCUUCAAGUAAAACACAGAGUCCAUCGACCUCAACCACAACACACCAGGACUCAUCAUCGACCGGUGUCAAUCCUCAACUUGUCAAAGAAGAGUCACUCUUGGAUGAAAUUCAGAUCAAGCUGGAGCCGGUUGACACUUCGCCUAAUGAUUCGUUCUUCAACAGUCCAAACUACAUGAACCAACCGUCAUCAUCCGACUCUGGCAACCUUCUGCAACAACAGCAGUUUGCCUACAGCAGCAGUAGCAGCAGGUCCAGCCCAGGCUACCUCGAGGGCAUCGACUGGAACGCAAUCAGUUACAACCAGUAUCUUGACAGCAGCCAGGGCUUUCACAGCGGGGCAGAAACAAGUCCAUCAUCCAGCAAUCAAGAUGGCCGAUCUGGUCGCAGGGAUGUUGACAUAUCCCCAAACACCCAAUCGAAGAGCGACCCAAACCUAACCUGCAACUUGUGUGGAGCAGUGUUCAGGUUCAAGUCCUCACUGUCACGACACAAGACACUUCAUGGAGAGAAGCGCUUCCACUGUUUUGUUUGUCCUAAGGCAUUCCAUCGUCGUGAGCACCUUCUUCUGCAUCUACAACGUCAUGCUAACAGCGCCAUGAUCACUUGCCCGGUGUGUCACAUGCAAGCUUCAAGCGUCAAACACCUUGAGGAACAUUACCGACUCAAUCAUGGCCCGUUCAGGCGAACCGGUGUGCCGCCAUAUUUAACCAGGGACAACUCAAGGUAGCAAGACACAAGAGAUCAGUCACUUCUUAUUAGCUUGUCAAUUUGUAUUUGUGCGUAAUCUGAGAACUUUAUUGUCGUUUUUUCAAUGGUCUUUCAAAAGUUGUAAUACGUGUCUUUCUUGCAUGUGUUAUAUAUUGAAUAUGACACAUGAUAUUGGAAUUUAAUGCCAGUUUUUGUUCUACACAAUGGAGAAAGUCCAUUGACAGCUGGUCUUGUAGAAUACAGAAACCACAUUAGUGAAUUAUUUGAAUUUGAAAAGUGAUCCAAAUGAAGCUUUGUUCACAAGUAAGACUGGAAACUAUGUUACAAUCUUCCUAUUCUCACAGAAUUUUUAUAAAACAUGGAUGAGUAAUGAUUCAUCAGUGCUUAACUACAGCCGAUACAUAAGCUGUGAGAUCACAAUACACUCCAAAUAGAUCAUAAAUAUAUCAAUUUACUUCAAUAGGGGAAGUAUCAUAGUGCCACCUGUAAGCAUGGAGGAACACAAGGUGGACAAAAAUGGUGCAUAUAUAAGCCUGUUCUGGACAAAUUUGGAGUUUCGAAACACCUUGUACAGAAAGAAAGUCUCACAGAUUGUGUCAAGCAGUGAUCUCAGUAAUGUCAUCAUGUCAUACUGUUGACUGUUGAUUGUGAUACCAGCAGUACUAUUAGUAUGCAGAGAUGUCAACCUGUACGAUUUUAUCAGUCGCUACGAAUUUUUGCCUCAAACUACGCCAAUAUGAUUGCACUAGAAAUUCUAUGAAAUUUGAAGAAAAUUAAUUAAAAUUCAGAUAUAUAGUCAAAAACAUAUUUAUUUUUGUUGAUUAAAUACAUUUUCGCCAAAAAAAGACAAGAAAAAAUUUAAUGCUGAUAAUUUGAAAAUCUGCUGUUGGAGGCAUGUGAAGCUUCACUCUUGAUUAGUGUCAUAUUAUCUUUCUCAAAAUCCAUCAUGAUUUUAAGUAUUUAGUUGACUACUAAUUUUAAUACUUGAAACUACGAUUAGCAACACUGGGGUUGGCAUCUCUGAGUAUGUAUUGUGUUAAAUAUUGUAUCAUGAAAUCUCGGCGAUUCUCAGGUCUAAUGGUCAGCCUGUAUGGACACUCUUCGAUAGUGUCUGUACCUUGCUUUCUUGUUGUCAGCAACUUCAGGCUAACCAGUGAGGAGUUCAAUAUGUUAAUAGAAAUGUUGAUU